GCGCCGAUGGGAUUGUUUUUGUCCUUUCAGUCACUCAAGACUUCCACAGCAAACACACAGUGGGCGGAAAUAAGUUCCUGCUGUCACUUAGCAACCGUGCUGCGACAGAUCCCACCCUGUUCGUCCUGCCAGGUCUCUGAAGAAUUUAUUAUUGUGCUUUUCUUAAUCCCGCCAAAAGGUCACCGAUUGGACAAACAAUUUAUGGAUGGGAGGAUGAAUUAUUUAACGGCCCCCACAAACAAAUAUUAGAAAGAUCCCCCGCUGCCGCCGCCCCUGGAAGGCCAUGAAUAAUUUAGGCGUCUUUUGGUGGAAGCUAUCACGCGGCAACCCUCAACCUCAAUCUGUGAUAAUGUCAUCGGCUCUAAACCUGCAAAGCCACAGCGGGGGAUACUGCUGGGAGAAAAAAAACAAUUAACAUUUAUCUGAGGCUCAGUUGGGAAAUCUUGCGGAUUGUUGACGAUCUAUGUAGGAAUUUUUUUUCUUUCAUUCUGCAAACCAGGCGAAAUGGACCAAACCUCAAGCCAAUGAGGGGGUGAUUAUCUGGGCCGGUGCAUCUUAUGGCUGGAUUUAUUAAACCAGAAUAAAUCUGGGUUAUGCGAUGUCUGAUUUACGACCCAUCAGGAGGCUAAAUCCAGUCCGAGUCAGCGUUUACUGUCCACUAUUAAAAUUACGCCGGUAAUGAAGCCGUGCUAAUGUGUUUCAGGGAUAAAAAUAUACACAGGACACCGUCUCAUUCAGUCUGAGGAUAUAUGACCACCACCUUCAGCAAUGAUUCGGCCCCUGCCCACUGUUAUGGUUCAUGUGCCAAUCAAAUUGGCUUAAUUUUAAUUAGCAGUCAUUCAUGAUUACUAUACUCUUAUUUUAGGGCAGCAUGGCACACUAAAAGGUUAAAGUAACAACCUAAACUCGUUUGAGUUCACAGUUUUAGCCUCAAAGCCGGUUUCCAGUAGUUUUUCACUCAACGGCGCCAACCUUCAUUACAAAAAGUGACUAUUUAAGAGUUCUUUCUGUUUCUGUAGGUGAACAAAAUCCCAACCCAUAAAAAACACUUCAUUCUUCAACUAGACACUUUAAGCUAAAAUUCGGGAGCUGAAACGUGAACUGAGUUAGCAACCUGGCCGGAGAAUGGUUCGAUGUACCAGCUCACGUUAGCACACAGUCCGCUGCGGCACGUAGGUGGGAGAGACGCGAUCGGAGAAGGCCUAAAAGUUCCUGAAUUAUUUGAAAUAAUUCCACGGCUGCCGUUUGCUCGUCUAGGACGAACGUCGGUAUGUGUGGCGGCGGUUUAAAAUGCGCAUAUAUUCGAAUGUUUUGCGGCGAAACACAUGGGGGAAAAUGAGCUAGGUCGUGUCGGGGCUAAGUAGGCUAACCGAGCCUUACCUGGCACCGUAACACCGGCGCCUUCGGCUGUCACACACCAGCAAACACGUAUGUGUUCAGCUAACGAGCUCGUGUUGCAGGAUUACAACCACCCGGUUAACAUUAGUCACUGCAAACCGGUUUAACUCCCGUCCAUCUGUCUGAGGCUAAACCUGAUGAAGACUUACCAAUGGAAACAGACGAUGAUGCCCUACAGACUUCUUGCUGUGAUGCAAGAUGGUCGCAGCAACUGUCAGGACUUCCUCCUAGGCUCCUGCAGCGCCUCAUGCCUUUCCAAAGGGAGGGAGUGGAGUUUGCUUUGUCCAGGAACGGACGAUGCAUGAUCGCUGAUGAGAUGGGUCUGGGGAAGACGGUGCAGGCCAUCGCUGUGGCAUACGCCUAUAGGCAGGAGUGGCCCCUCCUGGUGGUGGUGCCCUCCUCCCUCAAAUAUCCCUGGAUUGAGGAGCUGGAGAGGUGGAUCCCCGAGCUGCAGCCUGGAGACAUCUGUUUGGUGGAAAACAAGAGCCACACCAUGGGCAUCAGCAGCAGCAAGGUGACGGUUCUGGGUUAUGGCCUUCUCACCACCGACGCCCGCCCCCUAGUGGAGGCUCUGACCAGGCAGCGCUUCGCCGUGGUGGUGGUGGACGAGUCACAUUACCUAAAGUCCCGGAACGCGGCUCGGACCAAGAUCCUGGUCCCUCUGAUUCAGAGCGCCACGCGGUCCAUCCUGCUCACCGGCACCCCGGCUCUGGGCAGACCUGAAGAGCUUUUCAUGCAGAUUGAUGCCCUCUAUCCCAGAAGGUUUGGAACAUGGACAGACUACGCCAAGAAAUAUUGCAACGCCCAUUACAGGUACUUUGGGACUCGCAGGCAGUGGGACUGCCGUGGGGCGUCGAACCUGGAGGAGCUGCACCAACGACUGGGUCAGAUCAUGAUUCGUCGACUCAAAGCCGACGUCCUCAGUCAGCUGCCUCCAAAAACUCGACAGAGGAUUCCCUUUGAUCUGCCCAAGGAGGCUGCGAAGGAGGCCUCAGCCAGUUUUGCGGAGUGGGAGAGGCUGAUGAAGGGACUGGGGUCAGGAGUCAUGACCACCGACAACCCCUUCACUCAGGUCAUGGGUCUGGUCACACAGAUGUACAAGCAAACAGCUGUUGCCAAGGCGGGAGCCGUGAAGGACUACAUUAAGAUGAUGUUGGAGGCUGAGCAGCUGAAGCUCCUGGUCUUUGCCCACCACCUCACCAUGCUGCAGGCCUGCACCGAAGCUGUCAUCGAGGCCAAGGUGGGUUACAUCAGAAUCGAUGGCAGCGUUCCGUCGUCAGAACGAAUCCAGCUGGUCCACAAAUUUCAGAGUGACCCUGAAACCCGAGUGGCUGUUCUCAGCAUCCUAGCAGCUGGUCAGGGUCUGACCUUCACCGCUGCAAGUCACGUGGUGUUUGCUGAGCUCUACUGGAACCCCGGACACAUGAAGCAGGCUGAGGACCGCGCUCACCGUAUCGGUCAGACCUCUUCUGUCAAUGUCCACUACCUCAUCGCCAAGGGCACCUUCGACACCAUCAUGUGGUCCAUGCUCAACAGGAAGGAAACAGUGACUGGCAGCACCCUGAAUGGCAGGAAGGAGUACCUGAAGGCCGACGAGGGCGACAAGGACAAGUGGGACUUUCUCAACUUUGCCGACGCGUGGACGCCGAGUGAGAUGGUGCUACCGCUGGAGGGAAAUUCAAAGGAGGACGUGUUCUUCACACAUUUUGAGAGGGAGAAGCAGCACGAUAUCCGCUCCUUCUUCUCCCCAAGCGCCAGCAAGGAGAAGAAGAGGAAGAGAGAGCAAGGCGAGGAGACCUCUCCCUCCGUCUGCAUGGAGACAAGUGUCCAACAAGCCCAUGAGAAAUCCCAGGACCAGACCCACGCCACACCUGAUCGGGACUUCUCACCACAGCUGAAGAGGCUUCGGACGCCAAAAUCCCAAUCAGCUGGGAACCAGAGUUCUCCCCGUUCGCUGUUCCUCCGCUCAGCUCCCAGAACCUUGCCAGAGCCCAAGGAGGCGUGGAGCUGUGAGGCUUGCACCUAUUCCAACAGCAGCCUGCUGCCUUACUGCGAGAUGUGUGAAGGUCCACGCUCUUCUUCAUCUUCUAUCAAACCAGACUGCCGGGCUGAAUCAUGUUUGUCUUCUCCCGCUGAUGCUAAUGGUGAUGAUGAAGACGAUGGUGGGGAUGAUGCCAGCCCCGCCCAGCUGAUAUACCCGGGCCUGCAGUUCUGCGCCAGCCAGUACACCGACCGAAUAUAUGUGUACACCAAGGACGGCGCUCCGUUGAACCUGAGCUUCAUCCCCCUGGACAUCAAACUCACCAACUGGGACGACCUGCCUGAGGCCUUCAGCCGGUGUCGGGAAAAUCGAAUACAGGUGCUGAGAUUUGUUCAGGAGUGGAGCAGUCUGGCAGCCAUGAAGCAGAAACUGCUUCAACGCAGCGGACUUCUGUGCCACAGUCCCACUCUGGGCCUGCAGCAGCUGGCUGCCACCCAACGACCUCACUCCAGUACCAAGAGGUACCUGGGUAGAGACGAGGUGGCUCAGGCCUCCCUGAGCAAGGCCCGGAAGGAGGGAGGCCAGGUCCGACUGGUCACCAAGGAAAACGUCUUCACAAAGAGGCGGUCUGGCUCCUCGCAAACACUGCCUGCUGCAGAGAGGCAGGACAAGCAGCCCUGUAAGGCAGAGGAAGAGCAGCCAUCUUCAGAGUCCAGCUACCUACAGGCUGUGGACAGUCAUGGUGUCCCUCUAUGUCUGUCCUGUCAGGAGGCCUGUCCCACCUCAGGGGGGGCUUGGGAUACUAGAUUCUGCUGUCAAAGGUGCCAGGAGGAGUUCCAGUUGCUUUCAAGCCAGACGUACAUGCGCUCUCGAGUUCUGGAGGCGGAGCAAGGCGUCUGCCAGCACUGCGGCCUCCAUGCCCAUGAACUAUUCCUGAAGGUCCGUGACGCUCCACCGUCCCAGAGGAAGGAGAUGCUAGAGAACACUUGGCUCGCCCAGCUGUCCCUCAAACAGCUGAACGAGAUGAUCCGAGCUCCGGUGGAGGGACAUUUCUGGCAGGUGGACCACAUCCGGCCCGUCUACAAAGGAGGCGGACAGUGCUCCCUGGACAACUUGCAGACGCUCUGCACAGUCUGCCACAGAUCGCGGACGGCUCAGCAAGCCAGAGAACGCAGCCAGAUGAGGAAGAGCGUGAAAGCCUCCAAGGUUGCAUCAGACAUCACCAGGUUCUUCAUCAGGAAAUGAAAAGACGGAUGAGUGGUGUAGGUUUGAGUGGAAAAUGUCUUGAAUGGACCUUUUUGAGAGGCGGUAUUUCUGCGGCCUGCUGGUCCUUGUUACAGAAGAACCUACAGAGGGAGGGUUGUACCUAAACUAAAGGAAGAACUGGUGAAAAACUGCGUCAAAUGCAAAUUCAGCCAACUUCCCUCUCGUCCCCGAACCGUCACGUUAGCUUUGAUUUAUGACGGCCUCCUUUUCUGCUCGGGGCUGAAGUGGAGCACGUUGUUUAGAGGCAUGCUUCUAUUUUAGGAUUUUGCAAACUUGGAGUAAAAAAUAACAGAAAAGUAAUAAAAUAAGCAGGUGAGAUGAAUUGGGGGCUUUGAGAUGAGACUGCACGGCGGCAUAAACGCGACCAGGUGUCCUUUUCGGUCCCCUCGACACGCGUUGCCUCCCAGUUCUUCUCCUGAUGGAUGACUCGUGAAUUAAAAGUUGUUUUUCUUUGAGUUUUGCCAUGCUAACAAGUCGUUUCGUCACCACCAUCCACGGCAUUUACAUCCUCUUGAGCUGUGCUUGAUGAUCUGAGCAGAUGUAAAGUGUACAGGGCUAUGUUUAGAGAGAUGGAGAGCCGAGUUGCUAUGGAAACAAGGCUCUGGGUUCAGCCGUGUCAGGAGUACUGGAUGUGUUUUUGUGAGAGUUACACAAUGAGCCAGACAUCAGAAAGUCUGAUCGAUAUCACCAGGCUCGUGUGUAAAUGAGACAUUCCUCCACAGCAGAGCUCACUUCCUCCACCGCUCCGCUGAUGUCGCCGUGUCACAGUCCUGUCUGUCUGUCCGCCUGUCUGUCUGUCAAACUUCCUAGCUCAGCAAAUCCCGCCAUCGCCUGAAAGUUUUACAUUUUUCUGACAGGCCCCAACUUUUGGCGGCCAAUCAGGGUGCUCGGUUGGGAGCCACUGCGUCAGAAACUCUCCCGGAGCCCGUGUGGGUGCACGCGUAGGUGUGUGUGUAUUUCCCCUACGGCUGCUCCAGGUCUCCACUUAAUAAGACCGUCGUUCCUCUCCUGUCCAAACAGACAAGCCUUGUGAGUAAUGAACAUCUCCCAGGCAGCCUUCCAACAACAGCAGGUUUCAGUGUCAGUCCCUGUCAGCAGCCAAUGACUCUGAUCUGCUGUUUUAUUACAACCAAAAGUGUGCGUGUGUGUGUGUGUGUGUGCGUGUGCACCAGAGAGGAAGUAGGUGCAAAAGGAAAGGGAAACGUGAGCGGUUUUGGCAGCGGGAAAGUGUAUAUUGGAGCAGAGAGGAGGUGGUGUGUUUGUCAGAAGAAGCCAUAAUGAGACAGCGCCCUGAUGAAGACGUCUCCGUCUUCCUCUCCCAGAAGGUCUGCUGAGCUUCAGCCGCUGUUUACGUAGGAAACCAGCCCAGAGGAGAGUCACCAUCCCCGCAGGUGGCGACGAUAAUAAAGCUGUCGGCUUACAAACACAUGAAACUGCUUGUUUUUGCUUGUUUUACGUCCACAUCAGGGCCGUUUUUUAUUCUUCCGUGUGAGAGGCAUUACAUGGCGACAGCACAUGCUUUAAAGGUCACAUGACCUGAUCAAGUACUCGGUGUUAUUAGUAAGACGGCAUGUUAGGGCCACCCAGAACCAGGAAGAGCAGGGUUAAAGUCAAAAUAUAAUAAAAACUCUGUUUUGAUUUUAAACAGUUGACAUUUUAUUUAGGGAAAGCAAAAGUAAUAUUGCAAAAACCAAAUUUAUUUAAUAUUUUUUGCAAAAAUUUUGAACAAAAUACUGACAAAAAAUUGGGAGAAAUUAACUCAAAAUGUAAAGAUGAAACAUUUUUGGGGUUUUUCACCAAGUAAACAAAUUUUAAAAAUGCAUUUUCCUGAAAUGAAGGUACAACUUUUUAGCCAUUUCCAUAGCCGCAUCCAUAGUGGAACUCAACAAACUUCCUAUAGUCCUUCACAGUAAGAGUCUCAAACAUACACGUGUUACAUCUGAAGCUUAUAGGAUGACUUAGCUAAUAUUGUUCUCAAGCAACACUCAGAAAUACUUUAUGUAAGUGUUGCAAGUGCUAAGGUCAUAUAAGUGUUUUUGAGACUCUUAUUGUGAAGGACUGAAGGAAGUUGAUUGAGUUUUACUAUGGAUGCUGCUGCAUUGGUUCCAGUAGUAAUCAAAACAACCAUUUUGAUUUUAUUAUGGGAAGGAGUUUUGUCUUUAAUCACAACACCAUUUUUUUUCUUUUCUAGAUGACCCUAACAUGCUUUCAUACACGUUAGCUUUCACGUAGCCUUUUAGCUAAUUUUAACAUCCUAACAUUUAUAGGCAGAUUAUUGAAUUAGUUUUAAUUGUUUAAUUGUCUUUUUUGUUUUAAUGUGGGAAACUUUAAAAUCAUAUUUCUUCCUUUAAAUUGUGUUUACCUAAUUUUUUAAAAAGGCGAUGAAAGAAAAUGUAAAAAAAAUUGCAUUGUUCGAAGAAUUUUUGUAAUUUUUUGUUUUUGUUUCCAUUUAACAAAAAAAUUGCACAGAUCAUUAGACCGAGUGAAUGUUGGAUUUUUGUUAGUUUUAUUAAAAAAACUGUUUAUAA